CAUCCCUCCUCCCCUCUUGCAUUUGUCUUAAUUCUUCUCAGAGACAAGAUGGCAACGCCGGCGGCGGUAAACCCUCCCGAAAUGGCAUCAGAUAUUCCUGGCUCGGUGGCCUUGCCGGUGGCGCCAAUGGCAAGUGGACAAGUGAGAAUGGCAGGAUCAAUGCCUUCCAGAGGAGGAAAGCGGCGCUCUGGAAUGGACUUUGAUGAUGAAGAUGGAGAGGGGCCCAGCAAAUUUUCAAGGGAGAAUCAUAGUGAAAUUGAGAGACGCAGGAGAAAUAAGAUGACACAGUACAUCACCGAACUGUCUGAUAUGGUACCCACUUGUAGCGCAUUGGCUCGUAAGCCUGACAAGUUGACAAUUCUUCGGAUGGCAGUUUCACACAUGAAAUCGAUGAGAGGCACUGGAAACAAAUCUACUGAUGGAGCUUACAAGCCUUCAUUUCUUACAGAACAGGAACUGAAACAUCUUAUCCUGGAGGCUGCAGAUGGGUUCCUGUUUGUAGUUGCAGCUGAGACAGGAAGAGUGAUCUACGUAUCAGACUCUGUGACUCCUGUGCUGAACCAGCCACAGUCUGAAUGGUUUGGCAGCACUUUGUAUGAACAGGUUCAUCCAGAUGACGUGGAAAAGCUGCGAGAGCAACUGUGUACAUCCGAAAACUCUAUGACAGGGCGAAUCCUGGACUUGAAGACUGGAACAGUGAAGAAAGAGGGUCAGCAGUCCUCAAUGAGAAUGUGCAUGGGAUCAAGGCGCUCUUUCAUUUGCAGAAUGAGGUGUGGAAAUGCUCCUCUGGAUCAUUUACCUCUGAACAGAAUAACCACCAUGAGAAAAAGAUACAGGAAUGGCCUUGGCCCAGUAAAAGAAGGCGAAGCACAGUAUGCUGUUGUCCAUUGCACUGGCUAUAUCAAGGCUUGGCCACCAGCAGGAAUGACUAUACCAGAAGAAGACGCUGAUGUGGGACAAGGUAGUAAAUAUUGCCUCGUGGCAAUAGGAAGGCUUCAGGUAACUAGCUCUCCAGUGUGCAUGGACAUGAAUGGCAUGUCGGUCCCAACUGAGUUUUUGUCUAGACACAAUUCUGAUGGAGUCAUCACCUUUGUCGACCCAAGGUGCAUCAGCGUCAUUGGCUACCAGCCCCAGGAUCUUCUGGGGAAAGAUAUUUUAGAAUUCUGCCAUCCUGAAGAUCAAAGCCAUCUGAGGGAGAGUUUCCAACAGGUUGUAAAACUGAAAGGUCAAGUCCUGUCUGUGAUGUAUCGUUUUCGUACCAAAAACCGGGAAUGGAUGCUGAUCAGAACCAGCAGCUUCACGUUUCAGAAUCCUUAUUCCGAUGAGAUUGAAUACAUCAUCUGCACCAACACUAAUGUAAAACAACUUCAGCAGCAGCAAGCAGAACUUGAAGUACAUCAAAGAGAUGGGCUGUCAUCCUAUGACUUAUCUCAGGUGCCUGUUCCAAGUAUACCAGCUAAUGUUCAUGAGGGUGGAAAGUCUGUGGAAAAGCCUGAUGCUAUCUUCUCCCAGGAGAGAGAUCCUAGAUUUGCUGAGAUGUUUGCUGGAAUAACUGCUUCAGAUAAAAAAAUGAUGGCCUCGGCAUCCACAGCAGGAAACCAGCAGCUUUACUCACAGGGAAGCCCAUUUCAGCCAGGACAUUCGGGAAAGACUUUCAGUUCAUCUGUGGUACAUGUGCCUGGUGUGAACGACAUCCAGUCUUCUUCAUCAACAGGCCAGAAUCUGACACAGAUAUCUCGCCAGCUAAAUCAGAGUCAGGUUGCCUGGACAGGAAAUCGCCCACCAUUUCCAGGACAGCAAAUUCCGUCUCAGUCUGGCAAGGCUCAGUCAUCGCCCUUUGGGAUUGGAACAAGUCACACCUACCCAGCCGAUCCGUCAUCAUACAGUCCCCUUUCCAGCCCAGCCACCUCUUCUCCAAGUGGGAAUGCCUACUCCAGCUUAGCAAACCGAAGUGCAGGGUUUGCUGAAGGUGGCCAGAGCAGCGGCCAGUUCCAGGGGAGACCUUCCGAAGUCUGGUCCCAGUGGCAGAGCCAACAUCACAACCAGCAAAGCGGCGACCAGCAUUCACACCCACAGCCCAGUCAGACGGAGGUGUUCCAGGACAUGCUGCCAAUGCCGGGGGAUCCAACGCAGGGUACUGGCAAUUACAACAUUGAAGAUUUUGCUGACCUUGGCAUGUUUCCACCAUUUUCUGAGUAGCUUGCGAAGCAGAAAUGGAAGUUCUUCUCCAAGGCCGUUUCAGUGUAAUUUUGGCUCUGCUUUUUCUGUGUUGCAUUUCUGUAGAAGCUACUAAACCAGAAGACACAUUUCUCAUGUUUCAGAUAGUGGUGUAGGGCUUGCUCUCUCCUCCUUGGGGUGCAUCAGUACCGACAGAGGAGCUCCAGCACUUGCUAGUGUUCAUUGACAGCUCCUUUUUUUUUAUUUUUUUUUUUAUUUUAUUGUCAUCUACCUCAGAGAUGAAAAACUUCGCUUGAUUUAAAAAAAAAAAAUCUCUGAGUCUUAAAUAUUUGAAUGUGAAUGAUACCUAAUACUUCCUUUGAAUGGUAAUU